AUGGAUCCAUCAUCUUCCAUCGACGCCUCCCUCUUCUCUCCUUCGAAAGCCCGCCAAGCAGCCAUUCAAGCCAAAGAUUGGGCCUACGUGAACUCCUGGCUGAGUCGCCAAUAUGCCCCAAAACCUGUUCCGAACUUUGAGCAUAAUGAGGAUACUCUGCGCACUCUCUUAACCCUGGCUGCGGCCAAUGACGCGGCUGACGAAGAGGCGACGCUCCUGCACCGCGCUCGCGAGGAAGCAGUACGGGGAUUCAAGGCCCAGGAGGAUAGUGAGGAGAAACAAAAGAGAGAAUUACUCGAUGAGGUAGAAAUCUGUCUGGAUGAGAAUGGGAGGAGGGAUCUCGACGACCUAGCUGAGACAGCCGUUGUCCUCGGCUCAUUGAGCGCAGACACGAGCGAUCUUGCACAGUCCAUUAUCGAUCUCUCUAUGGAAGAGUUCGAAGCUAGGGACCAGAUUUCCAAAGUGGAAGCCCUACAGAGAUACCUCGAGAACGAACUGCAUACCAUACGAGAACAGCUCUAUGAGCUGAAGUCCAACAAGGCAUAUGAAAUAUCUUCGAACCUCCCAGCGCUAACGGCAGAAUGGUCGAGAAGCACUAAGCUUCUAGCUACCAAAGUCGGUGAAUAUGAAGGCAGGAUUGCAUCGCUAGAAAGGAACAGGGCCAAGGGACCAACAAUCGAGGAACUCGUGGCGGAAGAAGAGGAUGUCAAAAAGAUAGAGGAGACAGUCCAGGCGCUAGAAGGAAGGGUCAGGAUGUUUAAUGGCCUCCCUCAAGAUGCUCAGGAGGCAAAAUUACAGUACAAGCAGUUAGAGCGCGAGCUUGACCGGCUCACCCAACGACGCGAUUCCCUGUUUGAGAGCUUGGUUGGGCGUCGGCGAAGAUGA